AUUUUGAAAUCUUUUUAAAAAUGAACGAGGAAAUCAAAUGUUUUAUUGGUGAAAUAUAAAAAAAAUCUAUAUACCUAUAUCACAAGGUAAACAAAAUGUAUAGAUUAGUAUCAUGUGAUCAGUGAAAACAAAUUUGAUUGGUUAUUCUUAUUUACUGCGAGGUUUCUACGAUGGCUAAAGUUAGAAUAGAUUCACUUAAAACGACUCGUCGACGACGGUAUAAACUUUUACACGUGCUUUUUAAUUUGGAGAGAACGGUGAACGUAUUCGGUGCGUCAAGUUUAUAUCCAAAUGAUGAAACCGGUUACGAUAUGAAGACAUAACUAAGAAACCCUUCAGAUUAGUUUGACCUCAUAAAAUUCCUUGUUUGAACAACCUAAUAUCACUGUUUCAAGCUUGUUUUAUUGUCAUUAUGUUAAAUAGAUAAUAUUGAUGUUCAUAAUUGUGAUAAAAUGUUAAUGACUCUUACUAAAUUAGGAUUAAAUUAUUCAUUUGUUGAAAUUUGUUUUAUUACAUCACAAUAAAGUUGUAAACUGAAUAUAAAUACAUAAAAAGAUACGUGCGUGUUCGUGUCUUCAAGAAAUUUUUGAAUAGUGAACUGAAAUGGAUAAAGUAAAGAUUGUUAAAUUGACUUCUCGUAUCCAACAUGGCGAAGGACCAUACUGGGACCCAGAUAGUAAUGUUUUGGUAUACACCGAUACAUUUAAAGCAACUUUGUACAAAUUAAAAACUGAUUGUGAGUCACCCAUUUCUCCUGACUGUUUUAAAUUACCAAAUCAUGAUUCCGUUGGAUUCGCUCUUAGGAUAAAAGGGAAAAAAGAUACUUGGGUAGUGUGUGGUGAUCGUUUUAUGUACGAACUUAAAUGGCCGGACAAAGGUAAAGUGACCUUCAAACAAAUUCACAUGAUUGAAAAGGACAAACCGAAAAAUCAAUUCAACGACGGUAAAGCUGAUAGUCUUGGUCGAAUUUGGGGAGGUACUUUGAAACGUGAAACUGAUUUAUCGGUACCAGAUUUCGGCGGGUCACUGUACAUGAUUGAUCAUAACCUCAAAGAACGUGAAAUAUUACAGAAAGUCAGUAUAAGUAACGGACUCGCUUGGUCCAAAGACAACAAAAAAUUUUAUUACAUAGACAGUGCCACUAGAGAUAUUGACGAAUAUACUUUCAGCUUGGAAAAUGCUUCUAUUUGUAAUAAAAGAGUGGUUAUGAAUAUAAAAGAUCACGGGUAUCCUGGUAUAGCCGACGGAAUGACUAUAGAUGAAAACGACCAUCUGUGGAUCGCCAUGUUUGGAGGUCACGAAAUUAUUCAAGUAAAUCCGUCUUGCGGGAAGAUAAUGAGGAAAAUAAAGAUGCCAGCUUCGUACGUCACUUCUGUCAUUUGGGGCGGACCAAAAUUUGACAUUUUGUAUGCGACUACGUCACAUCUCCAUCUUGACGAUAAACAAAUGAAAGAAGAACCGGAUGCUGGUAGCGUGUACGCCAUUUACGGUUUGGGAGUUAAAGGAUUUCCGUCUAACCAAGCUGUUAUAAAUUGUAAAGAAUAAAUUAUUUGUCAAAUUUGGCGAUAAUGUUAAAUUACUUGUGAUUGUCAUAUCUAAUUUCCUAUUUAUAACUGAAUAAAUGAUUAUAAUCUGAA